GCGGGAAACAUGUCUCUUGGCUGUCUUGGUCAGCGUCUGUCGUGCGUCGCAGUUCGUUAUCAUCGAACAGCCUAUGUGUCUACAACGCGGGUUUUUCAGCGAGUUUUAGUAUCACAUGAAGAAUAUUACGGAAGAUAUAAGAAGCGACAUAAAGUAAAAAAUAACUGUAUCAUGGAAAUGCUUUCAACGAAACUUUACAACAAUCCGUUUACGAUCUGCAUAGAAGGAAAUAUAGGAAGUGGUAAAACAACGUUCUUGAAUCAUUUCCAGAACUUUAACAAUGCAACAAUUUUACAAGAGCCAGUGGAUUUGUGGCGAGACGUGGCUGGAGUAAAUUUGUUGGAUUUUUUCUAUAAGGAUCCAGUACAUUACGCCUUCUUGUUUCAAUCAUACGUUCAGUUGACUAGGCUACAAUUACAUACUAUGGCUACACCAUCGCCUUAUAAAGUUAUGGAAAGGUCCGUGUUUAGCGCAAGAUGUUUCCUAGAAAACAUGAAGCGCACGCACAUGAUACAGAAUGUAGAAGCGAUAGUUUUAGAAGAUUGGUAUAAUUGGUGCAUGGAAAAUACGAAUAUAAGGGCAGAUUUAAUAAUAUAUUUGAGGACAACGCCUGAAGUCGUAUUUCAAAGAAUGCAAGCACGUGCGCGCAGAGAAGAGGAUUCUGUGCCGUUGGAGUAUCUAAAACAAAUUCACGAGAUCCACGAUGACUGGCUCUACAGACAAACUCUAUUUUCUUUACCGGCACCGGUUAUGAUCAUAGACGGUGACAAAAGUCUCGAAGAAAUGGUGCCUCAAUUUGAGAAAUGUAGAGACCGUAUACUCAAUGAACAAACUGAUGGCACAACAAGCCCUAGAAUCGUAUUAAAUACUAAAGCAUAA